GACUUCUUGAAAUAUUCCCAACUUUUUCCUCUUCCCUCCAAUCGGUGGGUUGGAUAUAUUUUAGAAUAUCUCUCUCUAUAUAAUCUUUCGCCAUGCUGCUCUCCCCCGGAAGAGCCUGCAGUUCAGUCUGCAGGACAACCACGGCCGUUGAUCGAUUGUCCUUCUUUUUCUUAUCUUCCUCCUCCUCUUCCGCUCACCUCCCAUUCCCUUCAACCUCUCGCUCAAGGGCUUUCCACUCGACUCCUCGUCGCCGCUUGGAUGCCCCUCGAAUCUCCUACCGCAUCGCCGCGUCCGCGUCCGGUAAAGGCCGUCGAUUCCACCCGGCCAAGAACACCCACGAUUUCACCCCCGACCUGUCCGCCGUCGGCGUAGCCACGGACACGACCGAUCCCGCGAUCCGGCGCAAACGGAGACCCGACAGCGGCGAGGACGCUUUUUUCGUCAGUCGCGUCGGCCAUGAGGAUCCCCGGCCCGUCGCGUUCGCCGUAGCGGACGGCGUCGGCGGCUGGGCCGAGUCCAAGGUUGACCCGGCCGACUUCUCGCACGCCCUUUGCUGCUACAUGGCCCAGUCGGCGCUGGAUUGGGAGCAGCCCGCGGAGCAGCUGCGCGCAAAGAAUCUCCUACAGGCGGGCUACGAUCAGGUCGUCGCGGACAAAUCGAUCCGCGCCGGCGGGUGCACAGCGUCUGUGGGCGUCGGUUCACCUGACGGACGCGUUGAGCUGGCCAACCUAGGAGACUCGGGGUCCGUUUUAUUGCGACUCGCCGCCGUGCACCAUUACUCGGUCCCGCAGACCCACGGCUUCAACACCCCCUACCAGCUCAGCAUCAUCCCGCCGCGCAUGCGCAAGCAGGCCUCCGUCUUCGGCGGCGCCUACCUGGAGGAUUUCCCGCGCGACGCGGCCGUCACGAACCUGCACAUGCAGCACGGCGACGUGCUGCUGCUUGCGACGGACGGCGUCUUCGACAACCUCAACAACCAGGACAUCUUGAAACUCGUCACCAGCCGGAUGGUGCUGACGGGUGCGUGGACGGCCACGGGGAGCACGGGCAUCAAACCCUCGGAUGACUUGGACCAGCUCACCGGUCCCGAAGGACUGACGGCGUUAGUCCCUCCCCCCUCUUCUUCCUCGGAGAAAUCCCCCAAGAAACAGGAAGACCAAAUCCACACGCUCCAGUCCCUUGUCGCAGCCACCAUUGCGGGAGAGGCCAAGCUCGCCAGCCUGGAUUUCCGACGCGACGGUCCCUUCGCAAAGGAAGCGCAGCGGUACUAUCCCGGAGACUGGUACCGCGGCGGCAAGGUCGAUGACAUCGCGGUCGUGGCUGUCGUGGCCGUGGACGAAGGAAUCAGCGUAUCGUCAUCAUCUUGAACGCACUGCAACUUGAAAUCAUACCUUUCUCUCGCGCCCGCUCUCUUAAAAUUUCCUCUUCCUGUCUUUUUUCACUUUCAAGAUCACUAUAUAAAAACCACCGAUAUGAUACACUACACGGCAGAGAACCCGAACCGCACAGCACGGCGUACAAUAACCCUGCAUUCACGAUCUAUAUACAUAAUUGCUUUUUCUCUUUUCUCUUUCAUCUUCCCGGGUCGGUCUGGAGUGUCUUUUGCAAAUGGGCGGUUGACUUUCCUAUCUUCUUCUUGUCUCUUUUUUUCCUUCUUUCCUUAGUUUUCUUUUGUUCGGUACGGUCUGGUCUGGUCUGGUUUGGUUCGGAGAAAAAGAAAUUCUGGGUACAUCGGGAAAACCAUCAGUGAUACAUUAGUUAUAGACGAUAGAACGUUCCCUCUUCCUAUGUACAUGGGAGGGCGAACAUGAAUGACUU